GAAAAAUGAAUGGUUAGGAUUGUAAGUUUUAGAAAGUGGGGCAUUUAAAGCAGGCCCAUUGAAUGGAAUGAUCUCUACCGUUUAUCUGCCAUCGUGAAUCGAUAGAAUAGUAGAGGUGGCUAUGAUUGAGCAACCCUUUAACCGUGGAAAGAUAAGGGGCGGAUCCGUACCGUACAUCUCGUGGGCCCUGCUAUGUUUGGUUCAGCAAAAACAGUUGUUGUGGAAUGUUCGGUUCCGUUGUUCCUUUGAAAUACCAUGCAGAAACUUCCCGCUAUUAUUCUGGAUUUCAAAUCGUUACGAACACUCUCUUCUUGGAUUUCAAUACUUGGUCAGAAAUCCUUCGCUUCGUUGGUGGGUAUGAAAAAUACUUACCCAAAAAGCACUCCUUCAUGGAAUUCAAUCAUCUCCAAUCACAUCGGAAAUGAAAGAUUAGAUGACGCCCGUCGCGUUUUCGACAAAAUCCCAUCACCCGACGUCUACCUAUAUACGAUAAUGAUCACGGGCUACUCUCGAAUGAAUCGAAUUAAUGAAGCCCUCCAAAUGUUCUACAAAAUGCCGACUCGCGACGUGGUCUCUUGGAAUUCAAUGAUCAAAGGGUGUGUAGAUUGUGGGAAAUUGGAUAUUGCUAGGAGAAUUUUUGACGAAAUGCCUGAAAGAAAUUGCGUCUCUUGGACCACCAUUGUAGAUGGGUUUGCUCGGUUUGGAAGAAUUGAAGUUGCAGAGGAAUUGUUUUAUAAGAUGCCUUCGAGGGAUGCUGCUGCAUGGAAUUCAAUGAUUUUUGGGUAUUGUAGCAAUGGUAGAAUUGAAGAUGCCUGUAAACUGUUCGAAAAGAUGCCUCAUCCAAAUGUGAUUUCGUGGACCACGAUGAUCAGCGGGCUAGAUCAGUGUGGGGACAGGGACAAAGCAUUGGUUUUCUUUCAGCAAAUGCAGGUUUCGGGAGUUGAACCCACCUCAAGCACCUUUGCUUGUGUGGUUACAGCUUGUGCUAAUAUACCAGCAUUAGAUCAAGGCAUUCAGCUCCAUGCCCAUCUUGUAAAGGUGGGUGACGUCUUCGACACUUUUGUUUCUACUUCGCUUAUUACUCUUUAUGCAAAUUGCAAGAGAAUUGAAAAUUCUUUCAAGCUUUUUGAAGAAAACAAGAAUAGAAAUGUGGUUGUAUGGACAGCUCUUUUAACUGGUUAUGGCUCAAACGAUAAACAUGAAAGUGCAUUGGAAGUUUUUUGUAACAUGACAAAGGUCAGGAUAAAGCCCAACCAGUCCACUUUCACCAGUGUAUUGAAUUCAUGCUGUAGGCUAGAGGCUCUUGAUAGAGGAAAAGCGGUCCACACAAAAACCAUUAAGGCGGGAUUGGAUCUUGAAGUGUUUGUGGGGAAUUCUCUCAUUGUCAUGUAUACCAAAUGCGGAAACAUCAGCGAUGGGGCGAUCGUGUUUAACAGCAUGAGCAAGAGGAACCUUGUUUCAUGGAAUGCUAUUAUAGUUGGAUGUGCACAACAUGGGUAUGGCCAGCUUGCACUUGAAUUCUUUGACCAUAUGGUACAUGCUGCUGUACGACCAGAUGAAAUCACAUUCGUGGGAUUGCUAACUGCCUGUAGCCAUUGUAGAAUGUUAGAGAAGGGUCAGCAUUUCUUUGAAUUGUUGAAUCAGGACCCAUCCGUUGAUGUGAGGCUUGAGCACUACGCAUGUAUGGUGGAUGUUUUGGGUCGAUCUGGACACUUGGAAGAAGCAGAGGAGUUUAUUAAAAACAUGCCCAUGAGUCCAAAUUCAAUGAUCUGGCUGGCUCUACUUGGUGCUUGCAAGGUGCAUUCUCACUUAGAAGUGGGUAGAAGAGCUGCAAAACAGUUAUUCCAUCUUGAACCACAUAGUAGUGCUGCUUAUAUUUUAUUGUCGAACAUAUAUGCUUCGUCCGGUAGAUGGAAUGAUGUCUCGCGAAUUAGAGCGAUGAUGAAAGAGAGAGGGAUUAUAAAGACACCUGGGUGCAGUUGGAUUACACUAAAGUGGUCGAGGCAUGAGUUCUUGAGUGGAGAUAGGUCCCACCCAAUGAGCAAGCAAAUAUACGAAAAGCUGGAUUUUUUGAGCGGUAAAUUGAAAGAGCUUGGUUAUGUUCCUGAUAAGCAGUUUGUGUUACAUGAUGUGGAGGAUGAACAGAAGGAAGCAAUGUUGGCCUACCACAGUGAGAGGCUAGCUAUUGGCUUUGGGCUUGUUAGUACUGCAGAGGGGAGUGCGAUAACGGUGAUCAAGAAUCUUCGCAUUUGUGGUGAUUGUCAUUGUGCCAUAAAGCUUAUAUCGAAGAUCGUUGGCCGUGAGAUCGUUGUAAGAGAUUCGAAUCGCUUCCACCAUUUUAGGAAUGAGACUUGCUCUUGCGGAGAUUAUUGGUAGAUGUUUUCCAAAGUUUGGAUCAUUUUGAAAGGUUGGUAAUGCUUGAAUUGAUUCUUGGGUAAGCUCCAAAAAGUGCUAUAUGUGACACCAAGAACAAGUGUACAGUGGCGAUUGGAGCUGCAUGUUUGUAUAAUUUUGAAAUUGGGAAGCAAUGUUGAGAAAUGUUUACAAGUGAGAGUAAUCACAGCUAGAAAUUGUGAUUUUUACCAGCACAUCAAAGUCAUUGGGUUUGGCAGCUUUCUUGACUGCCGUAGAGAGAAGUGGAGGUGAAAGGGAAUCAAAGUGUUCUUUGUUAAUUUAUAAUAAUAAUAAUAAAUUGGUUCAUUC